AUGGCGAACAAGCAGGGGAAAAUGCAAAACCUGAUCAACUAUCGUAUGCGGGUAACCUUGAAUGACGCUCGACAAAUGACUGGUCAAAUGCUUGCAUUCGAUAAACACAUGAACCUCGUUCUCGCCGACACCGAAGAGUUCCGCAAGGUCAAGCGCAAGCAAACCAAGCCUUCUGCUCCUGCUGCACCUGGCUCAGCAGCGGCGGUCGAAACCGAGGAAAAACGCACACUGGGUCUGGUCAUUCUCAGAGGAACAAACAUCGUCAGUUGCAGUGUUGAAGGCCCUCCGCCAUCUGACCCUUCUGCACGUCUCGGCACAUCGGCACCAGGAGGCGCCCCGAGCGCAUUGCAAGCCGGGACCGGAAUCGCCAGACCAGCCGGUCGAGGACUACCGGUGGGCUUGGGCGGACCGGCAGCUGGCGUGGGAAUUGGUGGUCCACCACCGCCGAUAGGCCUCGGAUUUUCGCAAGGAGGAUUUCCUGGAGGAGCUCCACCGCCAGGUUUUGGUGGACGAGGAGUUCCACUGCCCGGAGGUCCCCCACCGCCAGGCUUUGGAGGACCGCCUCCAGGUUUCGGUGCGCCGCCCGGCGGUCCCCCUGCUGGCUUCCAGCCACCUCCUGGCUUCCAAGGUGCUCCGUCAGGUCAGGGCAGAGGAUUUCCUCCUCCAGGGUUUGGAGGUCGAUAG